AUUGGCUCUUCUCCUUCCUAAGGUCACCAAAUGAACGAUACACGGCAUCGUGUACGGGCUAUAGAAAUCGCAGUUUGCGCAAGAAGAGUGAAGAGAAAAUGUAUACUGUCUCCAAAGGGCCAAGUAAAAUCGUUGCUAAAACGAGGCGAGGACUUUCACACUCACAGAACAUAGAAAGGCUGGAAACACUGAGGGACCAGACGAAAAAGCCCUUGGACUCCGAUCAGGGUCAAGUUAUGAAUGUGCCGAAACCCGUGUUCCACAGUGUGAAUGGAAAACGAUCCAAUAAUCAGAGAACGCAGCAAGAAGUUAUUAGUCCACAACACGCCGAGCUGAUAAACUUCGUUUGUGAAUCUUGGCAUAGGAUAUGCAAAGAAUAUGAGCAAGAACCAUCAGAACAUGAUCGAGGUUCUAAUCAUUGUAUAGUCUAUUACAAUGAUGGCGAACGAAGUCCAGUUUUACAGGAUUUUAAACCAUUUGACCUCGAAUCUUGGUGGGGUAAAAGAUUGUUCAAUAACAUCACAAAAUCUAUAUAAACAGUCUUUUCCAUAAGUAAGCAAAAUGGAUCGCAACAACAAUGCUCAGACUACUUAGUGCACUGUGCAGUUGAUGUUGAUAUUACAGCAGACGGUAGGCUCACAUCUAGAUGAUUGAGAAGUGAUAUCUCCUUCAUGAAUUGGGCAGCUGGUAGUGUGUGGAAAAUUUGUAGUGGCUCUUACCAGAAGCACACAGUGCCAUAGCCGAGCAGACAAAAAACAAAACUACAUGACUUGCCAAUCAUGACUGCAGUUCAGCUACGAAACAUUCAUUAACUAUGACUGAUAUCUCUGUGUGGUGUAAGUGAUUCCUGUGUGAACUAGUGCAAGAAGGACAUUUAUCUCAUUCAAUCCAUAAAGGUUCUUUAUGCAGAAAGUGACAUUGGACACAUACAGCUACCCUGAAGAAAUUAAAUGUAAGGAAGAAUCAACAGUGAAAUACAUUCACAGUAUUUUUAAUCCACCAAGUCAUGUUGUUUCGUUUGUGCUCCAGCUUCUGGUGCUGCAGUGACUUGUGACAUGGUGAGAUAGUGAUGAGAGUGAGAAUAUAGACUAGUCCUUGUAGCAGCCAAAGAAAGCAAGAAGUUUCCACCUUAAAUUAAAAAAUAUAUAUAUAUGUAUGCCACUAGUGCUGCAGGUGAGGAACAUUGUAGUUACUUCAGUUUUAUAAUGGACAAGAUGUAAAAUUGAAGUAAUUCUUUGUUCAUCAGACCAACAGAUGCCUUUGCAAUACUAUUUAUUUGCAUCUUACAAUCAGUGUGCACCAAGAUAUGUAUAUAUUUUAAUAAUGAUGCAGGAAGUUAAUAGUAAUGUUGUUAUAAUGUGAAGUCCCUUGUAAUGCCAAAUGAGUUUGGCAUGAACCAUUGGUUAAACAUUUCUGAGUUUCCUAUAGUAGUGACAUAAUGUAUUAAUGAUGAAUUGCAACCCUUAAAGCAUUUAAAAUGUUAAUGAUUGUUAUUUUUUGAUCUUUACUGCAUUUGAAACCUCUUUGCUCAUAGCUGUUGUUUGUCACUUGUUUGAUGAAAAAGAGGAAAUUAUACUUUGAACAAUUUUAGAUGAUGAACUUUUCUCUGAUUGAGGGCAGUAACAUUGUUACUUUUCAUACACCACUGCCUUAAAUGUUGUGAAUUAUAAGUUUUUUUAUAAAUCUAUAUUUUUCCUGUAUUUGUUGAUUUUUAUAUGAGGAAUUUAUCAAAUGUUCACAGAUUUAUAUAUGUUUAUACUUCAUAAUUGUACAAUAAUUGUGACAUAUAAUAUAGUCAGUCAUUUAUUACAGAAACACUUUAAAAUUUUGAAUGUUAAGUGUAUGUAAUUUUGCAGAUGUGAUCUGAAAUUGUUAAUGCACCAAUCAUAUAAGAUUGAAAUAUGUUCCAGUGAAAAUUUUAAUCAAUUUGUAUGCAAUAUUUUAGAGAGUUUAUGAUUAUUACUGUGUGUUCCACAGCAUUCUCCAAAAUGAGUUGUAGAGCUAUUUCGAAUGUACUUCAAAAAAGUCGAAACAUACCAUAUGGUAUAACUUCUGCCCGAUGGUUGAUUCUGUAACUUAAAUUUUUGUUUCAAAUUUUUUAAACCUCUGAGGUAGCUAGUAGGGACUGAACUUAAUUAAUAUUAAAAAAAAAAAAAAAAAAAAGAAAACACUACCAAGGUGUUCUGUACAGGAAAAUAGGGCAGGUUUGUAGAUGUGGCUCUCUUUCUACAGAAAAUGUAGCAGAUAUUUGUGCUAGAGCAUUGCAGUAAAUGUGUUUACUUAACAAGAAACCUUUGGAGUGUUUUAAAGUUCAGUAUAAAUCAGUGCAAUAGAAACCUCCAGUAGUUCCUGUUAAUUUUUUUAUCACUUUUGAAAAAAAUAGUUAAAUUUUAUUGCUUGUGAGAGUUCCUCAUACUGGUUUAAUUUCUGUGUAUCACCAUUGAACAUAGAUGAAUACAUUGCCCCAAAGCUACAAUUCAUUGUGCAUGGACAGUUAAAAGUUGUGCAUUGUCUCCCUCUCCUCCCUCCCUCCCUCCCUCCCUCCCUCCCUCCUCCCCCCCAGAAAGCGAGAGAUAAUAGGGAACAAAGGUAUCUUGCUUAUAUCUUUUGGAAUUAGAAAUCAGUUAAUUUUCUUAUUAUUUGCAUGAUAUAUUUCAUCUGUUGAAUGCAGGUGAUAGUUUACAAAGCUAUUAUCAAAAAUGAGACAAAAAAUAAGCAAUUACUGUGUCUAAUAUCCAUUUUUUAUAACUUAUUAGUAUCAUAUAAACUUGAUUUUAGGAUUGAAAAGGUUUUGUUAUCUUCAGAAGGUGGAAAACAUUACUAUUUUUGCCUGUGAUAUGCACUUUCUUCAGCAAGAAAAUUGAACAGUUUGGAUUGUUCCACCAUUUUGUUCAUUCAUAAUGGGCACAUUGUUUAGGACACUGUAUUGUAAAAGUGUCACUUAACAAAGAAAUCAAUAGUUUUCAUAUUCAUAUUCAAAUUUAAAUUAAACUGCAAAACCUGUGAAUGUCUCAAAAGGGAGGUUUUUUUUUUGUUAUUGUGUCUUGCAAAAGAUAGGUAAUAUACGACAUAGUACAAAUAUUAAGGGCGUUAGCAUUUCUGUAGUUUAUCUUGGCGCUGGAGAGCACUGGCUGACUGCUUAUGUUUGAAAGAACUGUGAAGAUACACGUUUGUGACAGUUAUGGACAUAGUACAGAUGAUACUAAAUGCUUUAGACAGAUCUCGUUGAUAGUACAUGUGCCUGACAAGAAUAGCAAUAAUAUUAAUAAGAUUGAUUCGUACCUUAAUAGUGGUAAAAUAAAAAUUUAAAGAUUUUAAUUUUUCUGGAGCUAUCUGAAAUGAAAGUUCUUUUCUACAAUGUUAUAUUGUUCUCAGCUGGCUGCUGCAGGAAAUAAAAGACAGUUGUUAUAUCCUU